GCUGGAGAACUAGUGGAAGAUGUGACUGAAAACGAAUAUGUGCAAGGGGCUAAGAGAAAAGUGAGCGAGACAGGAGAAGAGAUAGCAGAUUCAGCCAGAGCUACAGCAGAUUCAGCCAGAGCUAAGGCCGGAGAAAUCAAAGACAAAAUCACCAAUACGGAUUACAAGGAAAUGGCUAAAGAAAAGUUAGACGAAGCUGGAAAACGUCUCAAAAGAGCUGCUGGAUGGGCUCAAGAAGAGGCUGGAGAGCUCCUGGAAGAUGCGCAAUCGGCUAAGAGGAAAGUGAGUGAGACCGGAGAAGGGCUGACAGGUGCAGCCAGAGCAAAGGCCGGUGAAAUCAAAGAUAAGAUCACCAAGACGGACUACAAGCAAAUGGCUUACGAUACGAUAAGUGGAGGUGGGGAGUAUCUGGAAAUGUAUGCUGACGAGUACGCAAAUGCAGCUAAGGAAAAAAUGAGUGAUGCAGGAAGUGCGGUGAAAGAUGCAGCACAAAAUACCAUGGAUAAAGUCAGCUGGAGAGAUCGGAGAGAAGAAUCUUCCAACGGUGAUUACAAGGAAAUGGCCCAAGAAAAGCUGGACAAUAUUGGAAGAACGUUCAAAAGUGCUGCUGGAGGAGCUCAGGAAGAGGCUGGAGAGCUCCUGGAAAAGAUGAAUGAUAAUGAGUAUGUGGAAGCGGCCAAGAGAAAAACGAGAGAGACGGCACAAGAGAUAGCAGACGCAGCACAAGACGCUAGAUAUAAAGCCGGAGAGAUCAGAGAAGGAUUCACCAGCGGUGAUUACAAGGAAAAGGCCGAAGAACAGCUGGACCAUGUUGGAAGAACAUUCAAGAGUGCAGCUGGAGGGGCUGAAGAGGAGGCCAAGGAAUUUAUUGGUAAAGUUAUAUACGGCGGAGAAAGGCCCAGCGAAACCCCGGACGAUGCAGUAAAGGACACCGUGAGGAAGGUAACGGUCACGAUUGGUGCACCACACAAGUCCAAGCUAUCGUAA